AUGGAAAGCAAGCUUCGAAAGGUUGAUAGUAAUGAGAAUGAGAUAUGCAUAGGUGAUUAUUCUUCUUCCCUAGCCAUGCACAAGGAUUCCAAAACAAUAUCGAAAACAAGGACUAAGAACCCUAAGAUACGCAUAAUUCACAUGUUUCCUCCGCAGAUAAUCAAGACAGAAGCUCAGAAUUUCCGGGAACUGGUGCAGAGGAUAACCGGGAAACCACCAACAACCACUCAUGAAAACUGUUGCAACAUUCAGAAGAAGCCACCAACUAUAUCCGCAUCAGAAGAAGAAGUAGUUUGUGGCGGUGGUUACUUGGGAGGCUUCUCUGAUUUGGAACAAAGCUUUAUUUCUGAGCUUCCAAUGCUUCCCUUCGAUAUAUAG